UGCCCGAAGUGCUACGCGAAGCUGAACCUGGCCAUCGAGGGUGCAGAACUUCUGGGCCCAGCGGUCGAGCGGUGGCGCAAGAUCGCCGAGGAGGGGGGCGACCAGAUGAACGCGAGGAAGAGGCUGCAGGAGGCUCGCCGGCAGGAGAAGGCCCUCGGCGUCGUCGCUGGGCAGCCGCUUCCGGGCAAAGGCGCGUGCAAACACUUCACCAAGAGCUACCGCUGGCUGAGAUUUCCUUGCUGCGGCCGAGCUUUUCCUUGCGUCAUGUGCCACGACGAGCAGAUGGACCAUCCUCACGAGUGGGCCAACCGGAUGCUGUGUGGACCGUGA